AUGAAAGCCAUCAUCAAAUGCAUUACACUUGCUGCGUUGGUUAGUUUCGCAACAGCCUUGGAUUGUAGCACCGAUGUUGUGAUCAAAAGCCAAGCCGAUAUCAAAGCCCUUGGUACAUGCCAGGUAUUCGCAGGAAAAAUCACAGUCUCCCAGGUUCCUAUAGAAGAAUUGGACUUUACUGGUCUUCAGGAAGUUCGCGGUGAAAUGCUUUUCACCGACAUCAACUCUGUCACUAAGGUUUCUUUGCCUGACCUAAAAGUAGUGUCAGGAGGGCUGAAGUUUGAAAGUGUUCGGGACCUCCAUGCCAUUUCCAUGCCUAAACUCAUUGCGGUCGGUAACUUUGUUCUUUCUACCGCACCCGCCUUAACUACCUUGGAGUUCUCUGCCGGCCUAUCUCAAGCAAAUGCAAUCACCGUUUCUGAUACCACCGCAACCGAAGUCCGAGGUAUCAAUGUUGCAAAGGUCCAAACUUUGAUCGUCGACAACAAUCAUUAUUUAAAGAAUGUCAACUUGAGCAGCAUUACUGAUAUAAAUGACUCUGUCAGAAUUGCUGCGAACGCUCCAGGAUUCAACGUUGACCUCAGCAAUCUCCAAACCUUGAAGUCUGCUGAUUUCCGAAAUAUCGAAAACAUUUUGCUAUCCAACCUCAAUAAGAUUGAUGGUGACUUGACGUUCAUCUCGAACACCUUCAGUAGUCUCGAUAUUCCUAAGCUCAAGACCGUUGCGAAGACGAUCACCAUUGGUAGCAGUAAUAAUUUGAGCAAACUUGGGAUGCAAGAGUUAACCUUUGUUGGAGGUGCUUUGAGCGUGGGAGACAACCCACACCUGACUAUUAUUGAUUCCUUCCCAAAACUAAACGAGGUUGAUGGAACCGUUGAUAUCACUGGAGGGUAUGACGAUCUUCAAUUACCUUCUCUUACAGAUGUACGUGGAGGAAUGAAUCUGCAAACUUCCAGCAAGCAAUUUUCUUGCGACGGAGUGAACAAAGUACGAACCACGGUCGUCAAGGGAAAUUCCUAUUUAUGCAAAUCUGCUGUCGCCAACCCCACAUCCACUAUACAAGGUGUUGGAAAACUAGGCAAAGGUGAUAGUAUUGGUGCUGCCAGCUCGGGUUCCCAAACAGCAUUAUUUACCAUCGUCGAACUCGGAGUUACAUCUUUGUUCGUAGCCAUGAUGCUCGCUUAAAUUAGUUGUCAGGAUAAACAAAAAUCAUUAAUGGUAGUAGAGCAUGCUCUGCUAUGUAAUUUGCUUUUCGAAAUCAAGCAUGAGG